CCUGAAGCCAGCGCAUGGCGAGCGCCUCCUUCUUCCACUCUUAGAAGCGGCGUCCCCAGCUGGCCCUGGGUUCCUAGACUGUCCUGCCCCCUCCAUCUUCCCCUCCUUAGCUAUGGCCACCUCUGGACGCCUGGGCUUCACCGUACGCAGCCUUCUGAAUUUACCUGAUCAGGAUGCGCAGCCCCGGAUGAGGAGCGAACCUCAGACGUGCGUUUCUCAAACCACCGCCGCCUGGCUGGAGUCAGAGCGCAGCCACUAUCCCUCCUCUGAUGAGAGCGGCCUGGAGACAAGUCCCACAGACCCGUCGCAGUUGGCUUCCCUCGGGCCAGCAUCUCCAGGCUCCGACGCUGAGAAGAGGAGGAAGCGGCGGGUGCUGUUCUCCAAAGCCCAGACCUUGGAGUUGGAGAGGCGCUUCAGGCAGCAGCGCUACCUGUCGGCGCCGGAGCGGGACCAGCUGGCUAGACUCCUGCGCCUCACGCCUACGCAGGUCAAGAUCUGGUUCCAGAACCAUCGCUACAAGCUGAAGCGUGGGCGAGCUCCAGGGACCACAGAGUCGUCCGAUCUGGCAGCGCCAGUUGACCCGCACACCGCUCCCAGCCUGCUGCACCGCGUGGUGGUGCCCGUGCUAGUGCACGACACGCCACCUUGCAGCGGCAGGGGUGAGGGGACCCUUGCGGUGGCCCAGGACAAGUGCAGCGCACGCCCGGCCACCGCGUGCCCUGUGCCGGGCUAUGCUGCCUUCGGGCCAGGCUCGGCACUGGGCCUCUUCCCUGCCUACCAGCACUUAGCACCCCCAGCUCUGGUCUCCUGGAACUGGUGAGGCUGUCGCGGGGUGCCUAGAGUCACCGCGGACUUGGGACACUUUUGUUGUA